UGGAUAGGCGGGCGCCUCAGAACACGUGAAACCCACAUCGAAAAUUAAGAAGGCUGCCCAGAUAAUCAAAGCGCCAAAACCCAACCUCUAAUGUACCUGUUUUUCAUUUAGUCAGUGAUGUCGAUCGAUCGCUGUUUAGCAAAGUUCAAGCUGAAAGUGACCGCAAAAGUUUCUUCGCCAAACUCUCUUGUACUCCAUCUUGCUUCGAGAUAUGGACGAAUCUCUCACGACGAGCACACGAGGAAAGUGCGCCACUAAUCGUUAGGUGCGCACUUGGCCCACAGUCACAAAGGAACACAGAUGCUCCUGCACACGGCACAGUAUAUUCACGAAAUAUAGAACAUCGAGAUCCUCCUGAGAUUUCGCUUAACGAUUGCGUCGAUUGGCCUGCUACGUCAGUGAAUGCUGCGCUUAAAUCAUCUGAGGCAUAUUUACCGGUAGACCCAACGGCCAGCUUGAAUUUCUCGAGAAUUCGGCACUGUUCGUAUUGAUUCGAAAAGUUACCUCUUAACGGUGCAAUGCCGUACAGAUACAACACCUUUGACGAUCCACAUGGGAUUUUACCAAACGUCGAGCCCAAAUGUACCUGGAGAUCUUCGAAAGGACCUAGCCCACAUCAUCACGUCGAACUAAAACCCAGACCAGCAAUCUGCUCCUCGAUCCUAAACGUGGUAGGACAAACUCCGCUGGUUCGACUUAACAAAAUUCCUAAGGAAGAAGGACUUAAGUGCGAAAUGCUCGCCAAGUGCGAGUUUUUCAAUCCAGGUGGUAGCGUAAAAGACAGAAUUGCUUUACGGAUGGUAGAAGAAGCAGAGAAAGAUGGCCUGCUUAAGCCUGGAUACUCGACCAUAAUAGAACCUACAUCAGGAAACACCGGUAUCGGAUUGGCACUAGCGGCCGCUGUGAAGGGCUACAAGUGUAUUAUAGUGCUACCGGAGAAGAUGAGUAACGAGAAAGUUUACGUUCUCAAAGGUCUCGGCGCACGCAUUGUGCGCUCGCCUACGAGUGCCAGUUACGAUGACCCUAAGUCGCAUAUUGGAAUAGCAAUGAAACUGUGCAGGGAUAUUCCAGGAGCGAUUAUCCUUGAUCAGUAUCGAAACCCAUACAACCCCGUCUCCCAUUUCGACACAACAGCGGAAGAGAUUCUGAUGCAGUGCGACGGCAAGGUCGACAUGGUGGUUGUGGGCGCGGGUACCGGAGGAACUAUCACUGGCAUCGGUCGAAAAAUGAAGGAAAAACUGCCAGCCUGUAAAGUUGUGGGCCUCGAUCCUCAUGGUUCGGUUCUGGCUGAUCACUUCGAGAAAAGUGACCCGAAAGUGACCUUCUACGAGGUCGAAGGAAUCGGUUACGAUUUCAUUCCAGCCGUAUGCGAUGUAAGCGUUGUCGAUCAAUGGGUGCGAACCGGAGACACCGAGGCGUUUCUUAUGGCUAAACGUCUCAUCCAGACCGAAGGCCUCUUGUGUGGUGCUAGUUCCGGGUCAGCAGUAGCUGGUGCGAUAAAAGCAGCUAAACAUUUGAAGAAGGGGCAGCGCUGCGUGGUAAUCAUGCCGGACGGAGUUCGCAAUUACAUGACCAAAUUCCUUUCGGACGAGUGGAUGUUCCAGCGAGACUUCAAGCCUAGAGUGUUUUCCCGGCCCGCAACAAGGCCCAAGUGGUUCGACACGCUUCUUACAUCUUUGACCUUAGAAACUCCUAUCGUUUUAGCGGACGGAGCGACCUUCGCCCAAGCUUCGGCCGUGCUUGCAGCUAAUCCUAAAUUAAGAUUCGUGCUAAUUGACGAUGAGAGGUACAAAAACUCUUACGGAAGCGUCAGCGGAGCUGAUAUUCUCAAAGCGAUGACGUCGAUCGAGGGUCUCGAUCAAAAAAUCGAGGGACCACCGCGGCUACCUGUUCUGUUUAGCGGAGCAGGUAGCACCCUUGGUCAGCUACAGGAGAUUCUCGUUGGGCAGGCCCCAGCCUGUGUCAUUGUUAACGGUAGCAAUAAACCAGUUGGUAUCGUGGACAGUGCUACACUUUUAGCUCAUGUCAAUACUUUGGGUGACGAAAAGUAGUCAGGAUCGAUAUGCCAGCUGUGUAUCGGCACUAAUGAUUACAAUCAAUAAUAAUAAGCAAUGAUAACAGACUAAUAAAAUGUUUGCUCUGAUUAACGAAU